AUGUCAAGCACGCCCAACUUCCAAGAGGCGCGAAAGCGUAUCUACGCCGCCCACGACGAAGACCCGAACAAGGUCACGAUCGAUGGCACCGAGCUCCCAUACGAAACGCAUUACUCUCACAAGAUGGAGUCGUACUUGUCCAAACGCAAGGCCGAUGCGUCUGACGUGCUCAAGCUCGCCAUCUGCGGCCAACACUUCCGUCGCUGGGAAGUGCCACGAGACUCCUACCCCAUGACCAAGAUCGGCUACCACACAUGGAGAACUCAUCUGAAGAAGCGUCAGGCAGAGGGAGUCGGCCAGAUCUUGGAUGAAUGCGGAUAUGCUCUCCCAGACACGGAAAGAUGCAUGGCCAUGAUCAAGAAAGAGGGUCUCAAGCAAGGCGAGGAAGAGGUGCAAGUGCUUGAAGACGUGGCAUGUCUAGUCUUCCUGGACGACCAGUUCGAAGAGUUCAAGGACAAGCACGACGAAGAGAAGAUCGUCAACAUCCUCAAGAAGACGUGGGUGAAGAUGUCGAAAGAAGGCCAAGAUCUCGCUUUGCAGAUACCCAUGACCGACGACGCCAAAGCACUCGUUGGCAAGGCCCUUGGUGGCUGA